AUUAGGAAAACAAUAAUAAAAUCACAGUGGGUAAGACACAACCAAGCGUCUCAGCCUACACAUACACAGAGGACACACAAUGGAAAAAGGGCGGCGGCACUCUCCGUGUGAUUGAAUUAAUCGAUGUUUGCGAGAGGUAUUAUUUAUGAAAGCAAUAUAUAAUGCAAAUAUAUUAACAAUCGCCGAUGCAAAUAGAUUUUCUACUAGAUUCUGUAAAUGAAAAUAUAAGGCGCGCGUUUUGUCUUUAAGCGAUUUGUCGCUUUUUUUUUCUCUCUGUUUGAUGGAGAGGGUGCAGCUCCCCCUCCCCCGCCUGUAGAGUGCAGCGAGCGCAAAGGAGGAGAGAAAAAGAAAGAGAGAGGGGAGCGGCUGCGGCCAACUGAGAAGAAACAAUAACCAUCACCGCUGAAUAUUAGGGGAAAAUAUAUCUAGGUUGAGGACAAAGAAAGACCAUGGACGUAACAGGAAAAUGUCCGUUUAACGUGGAAGCAGAGAGGAGAUUCUGGUCGUCCUGCACAUAGUCGAGGUAGAACCGACGGCUCUCCCUGAUGUUUGAUGCCGUGGAAGAAGCAAGCGCACGCCAAGCUCGAAAGGCGGAAACCCGUUCUUAAUCCGUCUGCAGAUGCUGUGCUAGCUUGAGAUGGCUGUUGCGAGGCGAUGCAAAAGCAUAAAUAAUAGCGCACUUCUUUGUUUUUAUUUCGUCCUCUUUUUUUUACUGAUUUGCCUUACAAAUGCACAAAUACGCUACAGCAUUUCGGAGGAACUGGAGUCCGGGGCUGUCGUCGGAGAUAUCGUUCGAGAUUUGGGAUUGGAUCUUGGAAAGCUCGCGGCUCGCCGGAUCAGAAUAAACUCAGAUAACGCGCGCCGCUACUUUAACAUUGAGCACAAAACCGGUAAGCUUUCUGUCAGUGACAGGAUCGACCGCGAGACCGUCUGUGAGUUCAGUGGCAGCUGCCUUCUUAGCCUCGAAGUGGUUUUAGAAAACCCAUCCGAGACGCACAACGUGGAGGUCGAAAUUGUGGACGCGAAUGACAAUGCCCCGCUUUUCCCCAGAGACGAGUACCAGCUUGAGAUCUCAGAGGCGGCUCAGCCAGGCGCAAAGUUUCCUAUUGAAGGCGCACAGGAUCCGGAUGAUGCAUCAAAUUCCGUUCGCCAUUAUCGCCUCUCGACAAACGAGCACCUUGCGCUGGAAUCAAACAAACCACCUGCCAGUGGUAAGCACAUAGAGCUCAUUCUGAAAAAACCCUUUGACAGAGAGAUGGUGCCAUCUCAUCAGCUCCUCCUCACUGCUACAGACGGAGGCUCACCCCCGCGCUCGGGCACGGCGAAAAUCAACGUGCGCGUUUUGGACACUAAUGACAACGUGCCAAAGUUCGACAGCUCUGUGUACAAAGUAAAAAUGCGGGAGAAUUCCCCUCUUGGUGCUCUGGUGAUUAAACUGAAUGCUACAGACCGAGAUGAAGGCACAAACGGAGAGGUCUUUUAUUCCUUUAGUUCAUACACCCCUGAAAGGGUUCGUCAGAUGUACAGUAUGGAUUCAGACACUGGAGAGAUUCGGGUCAGAAGUAACGUGGACUAUGAGGAGACCAACAGUUAUGAAAUGUACAUUCAAGCUAUGGAUAGAGGUCAUGGGGCAGUAGCAGUGCACUGCAAAGUAGUUGUGGAGGUGCUGGAUGUGAAUGAUAACCCACCUGAGAUUGUACUCUCUACUCUAUCCAGCCCAGUGAGAGAGGAUGCUCGAGCAGACACUGGUGUGGCCCUGAUUAGUGUUAAUGAUCGUGACUCUGGGCAAAACAAACAUGUUACCUUAGACAUUAUUCCUCCUGAUCUCCCAUUUAAAAUAAAAUCAUUUCGGAACCACUACACCAUAGUCACAGCUGCCUUCCUGGAUAGAGAGACAAUAUCAUCAUACAAUGUCACAAUAACAGCAGUUGAUGGUGGAACCCCACCGCUCUCUUCUUCAAUGACUGUUCGUGUAGAUGUGGCAGAUGUUAAUGACAACCCGCCUCGUUUUGAGCAGACAUCAUACACUGUGUAUGUCAAUGAGAACAACGCUCCAAGUGCUCCUUUGUGUGUGGUAAAGGCCACUGAUCCUGAUGCAAACGAGAAUGCACGUAUCACAUACACAGUUCUGAACGACAACAACCAUGGGAUCUCUGUAGGAUCGUAUGUGGCCGUCAAACCUGCCACAGGUGAGGUCUAUGCCUUGCGAUCUUUUGACUUUGAGAAGCUGAGGGAGUUUCAUUUCCAGGUCAAAGCUCAGGACAAUGGUGUGCCACCACUAAGUCGAGUGGCAACGGUUUACAUUUAUGUCAUGGAUUCUAAUGACCACACACCAUGGUUUGUCCACCCAGCAGCAAAUAUCUCUCACAUGGCUGAAACUAUCCUCCGUAAUGCCGAGGCAGGUGUGCUGGUGACUCGUGUGAUGGCAUGGGAUGGUGAUGCAGGCCAGAAUGCUUGGUUACUCUACAAACUCGAACACCCCCCUGAACUUGACCUGUUCAAGAUGCAUGAGCACACAGGUGAGAUCCGAACAACACGUCGUGUUUUUGAGGACAACUCCACAGUUUUCAGCCUCACUGUACAUGUGAAAGAUCAUGGACAGCCGCCACGCUCUGCCUCUGCAACCAUUAAUGUGGCUAUCAUGGAGCUCCCUCCAAAAGUGGCAUCUGAUCCUAAACGCAUCAUUAGGCCCCAUGGAACUCUUUAUUUCUCCACUGUUACACUAUACCUCAUUGUUGCUCUCACUGCCACCACUUUUGUCUUUUUGGUGACUGUUUUUGUCCUCGCCAUUGUGCGUUGCCAUGCCUACUGCACUCAGCCAGAUGCAUGCUCCUGUUCCCCCUGCUGUGGGGGAUCCAAAAAAAAGGCACCCAAAGAGGGUGGAGGAAAUGGUGGUGGGAGUGGUGGUGGUAGUGGCGGAGCCUCAGGUGGAGGUGGUGGAGGUGGUGGAGCUGGUGGAGGUGGUGGAGGAGGAAACCAACAGCAGCAAGCUGUGGCUCUACGAAGGGACCUUAAAGUAGAGCCACACUAUAUUGAAGUUCGGGGAAAUGGAUCUCUGACCAAAACAUACUGCUACAAGACCUGCCUAACAGCCACUUCGGGAAGUGACACAUUCAUGUUUUAUAACAUGGGGCGACCUGUAAGUGGAACUUGGGGCUCAGGGGCAGAGCGAUUCUUCACCAGUCAGAGUGGGCAGUUUGUGCGCAGACUUAGCAUGCCAGAUGCCACUGCCAUACAGCCCAAGCCUCCCAAUGCAGAUUGGAGAUAUUCAGCUUCUCUCAGAGCAGGAAUGCAAAGCUCAGUCCAUAUGGAGGAGUCAUCUGUGAUGCAGGGGGCUCAAGGUGUUCUGGUUCAGAAUUGGCCUACUGUCUCCAGUGCUCCUGAUAAUGAAGGUGGCGAGGUGUCCCCUCCUGUAGGCGCUGGUGUGGACAGUAAUAGUUGGCAUUUUCGGUAUGGUCCUGCCCCUGGAAUGCCCCCUCAGCAUCUGAAGCCCGGUGAGGUCCCACCUGAAGCCUUUAUUAUCCCUGGCUCUCCUGCUAUCAUCUCUAUCAGACAAGGGCAGGAUGGUGAUGAUAAGAGCGACUUCAUCACUUUUGGCAAGAAAGAAGAAGCUAAGAAGAAGAAAAAGAAGAAGAAGGAAAAGGAAAAAAAAGACAAAAAGGAGAAAGGGAAAGAUGAUGAUGAUUAGAAAUGCUAAGAUUUUAUAUAUAAGACAGAGAUCUCAACAGGUCAUGAUAGAACUAAUUAAUAUGAUUAUGGACUAGAAAUAUUGGAUCUUUAUUUUUAUUCUAAAAUAAAACAAAUGUUUCAUGACUUCCAACUCAACAUGAAGGCUCUAAUUAAGAUUUGUUAUAAAUUGACCAUACCAAACUCAGUUCACUUUGAUGACAUUAUUGAUCAGUUGUCCUCCAUAAUCAUAGUGCCUGACCACUAAGUUUUCUUAAAAACAGUUAGAAACAUUAAGAUACUGUUGACACCUCUGCCUUAUUAUCAGUGUUGUUUCAAAAUUAGACAAAAGACAAAAUUUGAUGUAAGAAGGUUGAAAGCAGUACACCACUUCUGAUUAACAAAAGACUCUUGAAAAAUGUAAAAAAAAAAAAUCAAAAAAAAAAUCAUAAUAAUAAUAAUUGUACACAUUGUGAGGAGAAAAGGAUAAGCUAUGAGAUCAGAAGUGGGGUGUGUGCUGGUGUAAAUAAGGUGCCAACAGGCAGGUUGUGUGCCAUGUUGUAAAGUAAAAAUGGUUUACUCUAAAUAGACAAUGGUAAACUAAUGCUUCUGCUUGCUCUGCUCUAUGUAUGGGUCUACACUAUGGAGAUAUAUCACAGAUCAAUUAAGAACAAACAGAAACAGUCACCUGAUACCCAGCAGCAAAAUGAAAAAACAUUGGUGAAUGGUAAAAAGCAAAUUAUGUUUACCAGCACUCUUUUCAUCUUAUUAUAAGCGCAUUAUGUAAAAAUCUAAAAUUUAACAAUCACACACAUGCUUGUCCAGGGUCACUGGUUAACACUCCUCUAAUGAUAUCUCUCCUUUCAUUGUGCCUUUUUUUUUCUUUCAAAAAUGCAUUUUGCCUCAGAAGAGUUAAGUAUGUUAUUAGAACAGGGCAAAAAUUGGAGCAACUGAUUUCUGGCAAAAGCUGAAAACUGAAAACAGAGACUGGGUGUCUGUAUUGGGGACUGAGCUACAUUAAAAACAUCAAAUAAUUAUUGAAUAAAGGAAGAAUGUGGGUUGUGUUGCUUAAGAUAGUCGUGCAUUACAUGUGAAAGAAAGAAAGAAAGAAAGAAAGAAAGAAAGAAAGAAAGAAAGAAAGAAAGAAAGAAAGAAAGAAAGAAAGAAAGAAAGAAAGAAAGAAAGAAGUUAGUGGUAAUGUACAAAACAUGCAUUCAUCCCCUGGAAUCUUUCAGUGACUUGAAGCAUAUGCUUUGAAUUUUUGGUAUCGUUGCCCUUGAGCUUGUUUUCUUAAACUCUGAACUUUAACCCUGUUUUUGUGCCUGCUUUCUCAUCUAAUAUGAGGAUGUGGUGUAUAGAUUUUGUCCUGUACAAAAUACCCAUGCCUUUUUGCUGGGGAGUCAAAGACAUGUUCAACUUAAGCUGAUUCAUGAGUGUUGUUUUACCAUUUUUCUUUUUAAGAUCUGUAUUUAUAAGCUUUAACCGAUCUAUAUUGCAUUUGUACAGCUUAUAUUUUGCUCUCUCUGACUCUCUCUACCCUGACUUUAUCCUAUGUUCUGUUUUGAAUGUUGAAAAGGCCAGCUCUUUUCAUUGUCCUGUGCCCAGUACACUGAACAUCAUCUCUCUCUGUGUGUAAGUGUGCUGCCAAUGAACUUUAUGAUAACUGCUUGUCCUUGUAUUUCACUGCUUAUGUUUGUUGAGGAUAAAAUGAGAAAAACAAAAGAGUGUUGAGAGUCAAGGUAUGGCAAGGGGGUGGAGUUUAAUCUGAACAUGACCUGAUUUUGGCCAAAGUACUGAAUUGCCAGUUUUACCUAUUUGAAAUUCAGUUUUCCCUGUUGUGUUACAUUGGAAAUUGGACUGAGAGGGUUACUAAAUAAUUGCAGUACAAAGUCUCGGAAUAGGCAGAGUCCACCCCAGAUUCCAAUCUUUGUAUUGAAUGCUUUAUGCUUCUGUUUCGUUGAAUGCCUGUCCCUGUUUGUUUACACUGUACAACCUCAUGACUUAAACCAAUGUCACAAUAGCUCAGCUGUGACUGCUGCAUGACCUAACCAGAAGGAAAGUUUUACUAUAUAGAUAUUUAUGAAUAUAGAUAUAGAUUGGUAUAAUUUUGCUAUUUUUUUGUUUAUUUGUAUUCAUUACAUGUACAAGAGAUUUGCAUAAUUACCGUCUCUGCCAAGCCUUUGCAUAAUGAUAUUUUCCCUCAUCUACUCCUUGUACAUCUACUGUUACUGAGCCUUCUACUUAUUUGUAACUGCUUUAUAGUGUGAUGCCCUAAAGCUCCUGCUCAAUCCUUAUUGUUUAUUUUUUUGUUUGUUUUUUGAAAAACUAAAACCAAGAAAAAUAAAACACAUUUGUGUAUGGCUUUGA